CCAAUACUGCACAAGCAUUCUCGUCAUCGCCAUCGUCUGUCUCCUCUGUCUUGGCUCUAUAGCUGUGGGAAAAUCGCAUGAGAUGGCCAUGCCCAUCCAGCAACCUCCGUCGGUAUUGAAUUUAGGCGAAGCAGUUUAUUUCGUAUCGCCAUCGUCCAAGCACAAAAGCACGCUUUCCAACAAUCUAUCGAUUUUUGGGCCAUGUACCGUCAUCCGCCUCUCCAGUCCUUAUGUCACAUCGGAGGACCUCGUUGAAGUUCGAGAACGGUUUUCUCAAGACGACGUUUGGACCACCGACUUUUUGCCAACCCUCAUUUUCCACUCCCAGAAUACUCACCAAACCGUCCAAUUCAGCGCCGCUGCCCACAAGACUCUCGAAAGUUGGGGAAGCCAAGCUAUAUCUAUAGAUGUCUCAGAAGACCCAGGUGCGCCAUCUGGGCCUUAUUACUGCAAUGGAGUCCAGUUACAUGAGGUGUACCGAUUAUAUCCCGAUACAGCUGGGGCAUUCAUAAGUGCGACGAUUCAGUCACCGAAUGACCCAUAUCUCUACAAGUCUUUCAAUGUGUCUGUUUUCACAGAAGAGUACCCCUCAGCCUUGACCAUAGGCGUGCCAUCUCGCCUGUACUUUACGCCUACCAAGGAAAAGCCGUUAGCCGGACUGCGCAUCGCAGUCAAAGACACUCAAAACGUCCGUGGAGUCAAGACAACAGGCUCCUCUCGAGCCUGGGCUCGACUGUAUGGGCCCCAGGAGAAGAGCGCCACUGGAGUACAACGCCUGCUAGACCACGGCGCCAUCGUGGUCGGCAAGCUGAAGUCAACACAGUUUGGCGAGAGUGAAUGGGCUACCCGCGACUGGGUGGACUACCAUGCGCCGUGGAAUCCACGCGCUGAUGGCUAUCAAACUCCCAGUGCGAGUAGCUCUGGUAGUGCCGCCUCUGUGGCCGCCUAUGAAUGGUUAGAUUUGUCGACGGGUACAGAUUGUAGUGGAAGUGUUCGAGCUCCUGCCGCGAUCCAUGGCUUAUUUGCGAUCCGACCAUCCACAGAUGCGAUUGAUAACCAAGGCGUCAUCCCAUUCUCGAAAAACUUUGAUACUUUUGGCAUUUUCACGAGAGAUGUAGAGAUUCUUGCAUCAGCAUCAUCAGUCCUUUACAAUCAAAAGGAAGAGAUUCCUGCAUGUUUCAAGAGUCCCACUAGGAUAUUAUAUCUUAGCGAAUAUUGGCCAGUUGAAGAUGAAGCAAGCUCAGCAAUCUUUGAAAGCACUAUCCGACAACUCGAGAAGACUCUUGGUAUAAAACGAACUGAGCUCAGCCUGGGCAAACUUUGGUCGGACACAAACACCAUCGGAACCGAGCUCUCGAUUGAUGAUUAUUUCAACACGACAUUUGUCACUGCAUCUUCUCCUGAUCAGUGGGCUAUGCUCAAGACAUUCCAUGCAGAAUACGAGAGCGCAUUUGGGCAUGCCCCUCCACUAAACCCCCAACUUCAAUGGAAAAUAAACAAGGAGAAAAGGAAAUUGAAGUCUUUCGUGCAUGCAGAUGAAGACGGCUGCUCCGACACCAUCUUGGUACUACCGUGGACACAAGGUGAACCCAGCUAUAGAGACGAAUACGGAGAUCGCCCAAAUUGGACUGGUGAAGGGUGGUUCUUUUACUUUAUUGCGGUAUAUGCAGGCACUCCCGAGAUUAUUUUGCCCAUUGGACAAACGCCAUAUCACUCUCGCUUGACAAAGAGGCAAGAGUGGCUCCCAGUGGCUAUUGGGCUAAUGGGCGCGAGAGGCACAGAUGCUGCCUUUACAAAUUUUAUAAAGGACACAGUGAAGGCCGCAAAGCUUCCAGCUACUGUCGACAUUGGUCAGACUGCAUUCAAGACAAGCAUCUCUGAGACCAACAAAGCCGCUGCUGCCUCCGCAGAAAAGAUACUCGUACAUCAAGACCCUAAUCACAUAUGAUGGAUGCUCAGCGCUCGAUAAUCGUUCCUGAAAAAAAAAAAAAAAAUCAAGAAUGGCCGGCGGCGUUUCCUCGAGAAAGGCAUAAGCAAGCAAGUGAUUUAUUCCCGGAAUCGAUUUCCUCGUGUCUUUUUUUUUUUUUUUUUUUUUUUUUUUGGUGACAUUUUCCGGAUUAGAGAAUCUUGGUCAUUUAUUUAGAGCUUGACUUGUGCUUAGGGAUAUGAGUUCGUAAGAAAAAAAUCCAUUUCAGGUUAGAAACAGAAGUAACAAAAGACUUUAUUAAUAGUGAAUUUGUCCUAUCGUUACCUACCUAAUUGAAGAAAAUAAACCUGAUAUUUCGAAGUGACAGUUAUCAUAUAUUCUGUCUCAUAAGAUAGGCUGGCCAGCCUA